AUGCUCGCUAUUUGGGCAAUAUUGAUAUUUUUAAUUGGGUAUUAUAUUGGUCCAGGAUUCUGGGCACCCUUGACUAAAAUACCAGGCCCUUGGUACACACGGUUCACGAGUCUAUGGAUCAAAUAUCAAGAGUUUACGGCAAAUCGCCGAGAAUCGGUCCAUCGUCUCCAUCAGCAGUACGGUCCUGUUGUGCGGCUAGGGCCUAACGAAGUCUCCUUCACAGGCAUUGAUGCUAUAAAGGAGAUCUACGCUUCUGGGGGUAGUGGCUAUGACAAAACAGAGUUUUAUACCUUGUUCAAACAAUUCAAAAUCAAGACGAUGUUCUCCACAUUGCCGAAAGAUGAGCACAGCAAGAGAAAACGUCUUUUUGCCGAGCGCUACGCCAUGACUAACGUCAUGAAAGCGAAACCCUUGGCAGCCAUCCAUGAACGCGCGAUGACUUUUGUAGCGCAGUGUGCUGAAGCAGGCAAAACUAGUGUGGACGUCUAUGUAUUGCUUCACUGUUACGCAGUGGAUUGCGUUACUCAUUUUAUGUUCAGUCCUGGUGGACUCAAAUCUUUGAACCUAAAGAAAGAUUUUGAGAUCAUGCAGGAGUUGACCUACCACCAAAGUCUCCAAAAAAGCUUAUUGGCCUAUUAUCUUCCCGGGCUGGAGCCAUAUUUCCCUAAAAUCCUUCAUCCACGCAGCGCUCCCAAGGCGAACCAGUAUGUUCUAGACAUGACUGAUCAAGUUGAAUUGGAUGGUCACAGUUUGCUGGAAAAGCUCAAGCGAAAAGAGUCUAAUCUCGAGCCCAUGCAAGCUGCAGCAGAGUGCAAAGACCACAUGGCAGCAGGUAUUGACACGACUGGAGAUGGGCUAUGCUUCUUGAUGUGGGAACUUUCUCAGCCACAGAACAUGGAAUUUCAACGACGACUGCAGCAGGAAUUGAAGGAUGCACCCGUGGAAGCACCCUUAGACAGCCUAGUCUACCUCGACGCGGUGAUCAAAGAGGCGUUACGUUGUUCCCCGCCGAUUCCAAUGUCUUUGCCACGAUAUGUGCCCCCGGGUGGACGUGUCAUUGACGGCUACUAUAUUCCGGUCCAUGCUAUCGUUAGCUGUCAGCCUUAUACUGUCCAUCGCAGCGAUGACAAGGUAUUUCCAGAGCCAGAUCGAUUUUAUCCGGAUCGAUGGCUUGAGAUGAAGGGGGCAGUUGAAAGGAAUAGGAAUUUCUUUGCUUUUGCGGUUGGAGGGAGAGGGUGUACGGGGAAGAACCUGGCAUUAGUGGAAAUGAAGACUCUACUGAAGGAGGUUUACUCUCGAUUUGAGACCACUGUUGCUCCAGAUAUGACCGGAUCUAUGAAACUGGAUGAUCAAAUUAUCUCUGCGAGACCCAAGGGACAGACAUGCAAGCUCGUAUUCUCGCCCAUCUAG